AUGGUGUGUGUGCACAAUAACAGCAGUGUACCCUUGGAAUCUGCUACCCCCAGGUAUAACGAAGUUUGGCGAAAUCUGCGCUACACUGAGCGUAGGACAGUGUUUGGAAAAGUCGACUUCGACAAGUGGCAGCAAAACAAGGGAAACAAAUAUCUGACAGUGCAGAUCUUACGUGGCAACCACAGCAUCGGCCCAACUGUCGUGCUUCCGGAGCUCUUUUCAAGCGGCCACCAGUUUCAAUUCCCGGGAGCAAACAUUCACAAACCCCUGAAGUGCCCUGCAGGGCAGUCUGCCACAAACAACGAGUUCCAUCCAUGCAAGAAAUGCCCCCCGGGCAGAUUUUCCGAUGUGGCUGGCCUGGACUUCUGCAAGGACUGCGGGUUGUCAGCUUACAAUCCAAAUGCGGGUGCAACAAGCUGCAUCCCCUGUCCAGAUCUUACGCGCAGCACCCGCCGGACUGCAAAGUCAUUAGGCGAGUGUGUGUGCCAGAUGGGGGCAUACCUCAUCCACCCGGAAAACAUGACUUGCGCAAAAUGCCCUCAGGGCGGAAUCUGUGAGGGCGGCUCGACGCCCCCCUAUCCACGACCGGGCUCGUGGGGGGUGCAAAACUUCAGGUGGGCUGGCACCGACAGCUAA